AUGCUACUACGCUCGCUACUGGGGCCCGCGCCCUUCGCCUUCUUCCUCGCCGCGCUUUCCGUUCUUCUUCCCUUCGCCGACGCCGAGCGCCUAAUCCAAUCCAAGUCGCUCAACCCGUGCCUGGCCAACUCCAGCUUCUCGGCCACCCUCUUCAACGUCCUCUUCACCCCGGACAAUGAAACCUUGACCUUCGACUUCGUCGGUGUUUCCGACAUCUCUGGAAAUGUGACCCUGGAACUGCAGCUGUUCGUCUACGGCUACCGCGCCUACCGCAAGUCCUUGAUCCCCUGCGAGAACGCCGAUCUCAAGAAGGGUCUUUGCCCCAUGAACACCGGUCAAAUCAAGCUCAAGUCCAACAUUCCGCUGGACGCCGACAUCAUCAAGAACAUUCCUAACAUCGCUUACAAUGUUCCCGACCUUGACGGCAUUGUCCAAAUCUACAUCAAUGACACCAACACCAACCAGCCGUUGGCUUGCGUCGAGGCCGAGCUGUCCAACGGGAAGACUGUGUACCAGAAAGGUGUCGGAUGGGCCACCGCGGCCAUUGCAGGCCUCGGUUUGGCCGCUUCGGCCAUCACCUCCGGGCUUGGGCAUUCCAACACCGCCGCUCACGUUGCCGCCAACGCGCUCUCCCUAUUCGGUUAUUUCCAGGCCCAGGCCUUUAUCGGUAUGACUGCAGUGGAAUUACCGCCCAUUGUAAUGUCGUGGACCCAGAACUUCCAAUGGAGCAUGGGUAUCAUCAAGGUUACCUUCUUGCAAGAAAUGGCCACUUGGUACCAGCGUGCCACCGGAGGAACUCCGUCAACUGUUUUGUCGGAUCUUAGCACGGAGUCCGUUCAGGUUCAAAAGAGAUCGUUGGCCAUGGCAGCCAAACUCGUCAGGCGCACUGCCGCAGUCGCGGCUAGAGGCGCCAACGCUCUCGCAAAGAGAAGCGCCAGCGAUGAGACGAGCACUGUGACGGUCCGUGGUAUCGAAAGAGUCGGUUUCCGUGCCAACAUCGAGCUCACCAAUAUCUUCCUCACUGGAUACGCGUUCUUUUUGAUCUUCGUCCUUUUCGUCAUAUUGGGCGUAUGCUUGUUCAAGGGUCUUCUCGAGGGUCUGGCCAAGGGUGGACAACUGAGUGGUAACAAGUUCCAAGAAUUCCGCAACGGCUGGUUGACAGUCUUGAAGGGAAUCAUGUUCCGCAUUGUUCUGAUUGGCUUUCCUCAAAUGGUUGUGCUUUGCUUCUGGGAGCUCACCAAGAGGGAUUCGGCCGCUGAAAUCGUUCUGGCCAUCUUCACGAUUGUCACGAUGGUGUGCAUUCUCGGAUGGGCGUCGUCCAAGGUCAUUCGCAUCGCUCAACGCUCCAUUACAAUGCACAAGAACCCGGCUUACAUCCUUUACUCGGACCCCGUCUCCCUGAACAAGUGGGGCUUCCUUUACGUGCAGUUCAAGGCGACGGCCUACUACUUCAUUGUUCCGGUCCUGGGUUACACCUUGGUCAAGGGCAUGUUUAUCGCUCUGGGCCAAAACAGCGGUACCACGCAAGCGAUUGCAUUGCUCCUGCUCGAGGCGGCUAGUCUCAUCGCCGUCAGCAUCUUGCGCCCAUAUAUGGACAAGAAGACGAACGUCUUCAACAUUGCUAUUGCGGCGAUCAACUUCAUCAGCGCCAUCUUCCUUCUCAUUUUCACCGGCGUUUUCAACCAGCCGGGUCUCGUGACCGGUGUCAUGGGUGUCAUCUUCUUCAUCUACAACGCAGUUUUUGCACUCGUGCUCCUCUUCAUGGUUCUCGGGGCCUCAUACCUUGCCCUGACCUCCAAGAACCCCGAUACCCGGUACCAGCCCAUGCGUGACGAUCGUGGCUCUUUCAUCAAGUCCGAGGCGCAGCUCACGACCGAGCUUGACGCGCUGGGCGCGACUGCUCGUGGCGAUGGCAAGAACGGCUACAAGCCUCGUACCGGAAUUGACGACGAUGACGACUCGUUCUCGUCGGGCUCGCUCGAACGCGCUGCUGCGCAACCAAAGGGUGCGGAAGCAGGCUACUACGGUGGACCCCGCACCCCAGUCGAUUCUUCCGUGCCCAUGUUCCCUGCGAAUGGGGCGGACAACCGCACCGCACCACCAACCUACUCAUCACCCCGUGGUAACACGGCGCCGUAUGGCCCCGGUACCUACACCCGGACGAAUAGUCAGAGGAGCGAUGGUGGCUUCAGGCAGCAGAACAACGCAAGUCCGUGGCAGAGGGGCGCUGGCUAUGACCACUGA